CGCGGGCUCCCACGCCGGCCUCGGUGCCACCCGCCCGCCGCGACCCGGGCGUCUCCUCUCCCUCCGACGCGCCGCGGCGGCCCGGCAUCCGGUUUGCUUGGCGCGGAGAUCUCCCCGAGCCCGCGGGGUGGAGAAAGCGAGGCCAAGCCGGGCGGCCCCCCGGGUGCGCUUCGCGGCGGAGACGCGGGGACGAGACCCGGGGCGGAGCGGCGGAGGGCGGCGCGGGCACUGACGCGAGCCGGGCAGCGCGCUGAGCCAGCCCGCGGAGACGCCCUAGCCGGGUGCACGCGCCGGGCGGAGCGCGCAGGUGGGGCUGCGCUGGCCGCGGUGCGCCCCGCGCCGGUCCCCCGCCGGCCGGAGGAUGGGCGCCGGCGCCCCGGGACCGCGCCCGCCGCUGCUGCCCCCGAGCCCGCCGCGAGCCCGGCGUCCGGCCCGCGCCCCGCGCUCAUGGACGGCGGCUCCCGGCUGGCGGCGGCGCGCCCCCGGGCUGUGAAUGCGACUCGCCCCUCGGCCGCGCUCCCCGCCCGCCCGCCCGCCGGGACGUGGUAGGGGAUGCCCAGCUCCACUGCGAUGGCAGUUGGCGCGCUGUCCAGUUCCCUCCUGGUCACCUGCUGCCUGAUGGUGGCUCUGUGCAGUCCGAGCAUCCCGCUGGAGAAGCUGGCCCAGGCGCCGGAGCAGCCGGGCCAGGAAAAGCGCGAGCACGCGUCUCGGGACGGCCCGGGGCGGGUGAGCGAGCUCGGGCGCCCCGCGAGGGACGAGGGCGGCAGCGGCCGGGACUGGAAGAGCAAGGGCGGCCGGGGGCUCGCCGGCCGGGAGGCGUGGAGCAAGCAGAAACAGGCCUGGGCCGCCCAGGGCGGGGGCGCCAAGGCCGGGGACCUGCAGGGCCGGCCCCGCGGGGACACCCCGCAGGGGGAGCCCCCGGCCGCCGCCCAGGACGCGACCGGCCCGGACCUCGUGCCCACGCCCGAACCGCCCGAGGAGUACGCGUACCCGGACUACCGCGGCAAGGGCUGCGUGGACGAGAGCGGCUUCGUGUACGCCAUCGGGGAGAAGUUCGCGCCGGGCCCCUCGGCCUGCCCGUGCCUGUGCACCGAGGAGGGGCCGCUGUGCGCGCAGCCCGAGUGCCCGCGGCUGCACCCGCGCUGCAUCCACGUCGACACGAGCCAGUGCUGCCCGCAGUGCAAGGAGAGGAAGAACUACUGCGAAUUCCGGGGCAAGACCUACCAGACUCUGGAGGAGUUCGUGGUGUCUCCGUGUGAGCGGUGCCGCUGCGAAGCCAACGGGGAGGUGCUGUGCACCGUGUCGGCGUGUCCUCAGACGGAGUGUGUGGACCCUGUGUACGAGCCUGACCAGUGCUGCCCCAUCUGCAAAAAUGGCCCGAACUGCUUUGCGGAAACAACUGUCAUCCCCGCUGGAAGAGAAGUCAAGACUGACGAAUGUACCAUAUGUCAUUGUACUUAUGAGGAAGGCACGUGGAGGAUCGAGAGACAGGCCAUGUGCACAAGGCAUGAGUGCAGGCAAAUGUAGAAAUGGGACCACACACACACACACAAAAACAAAAACAAAAAAAAAAAAACAGACGUUUUUCUAGAACAUUUUACUGAUGGGAACAUUCUAGAUGACUCUGGGGAAUAGCAUUCAACAGAAGACUUUUGAUGAGGAAUACGGAACAUGGUUGGUACUUUUGCGUUUCUUGCUAACAGUUACUGCAAAAGAAGGAAAUGGGUAUAUUUCAAAACAUCCACAAGAACUUUGGGCAUAAACCCCCCCCUAAAUAAAUGUGCUAUUUUCACAGUAAGUAUACCGAAGGACACUAUUCUAUAUUAAAUGUAUUUCUAUAAUCCCUCUAUUAGCUUAUAUAAAUGUUUUCUAUAGAUACAGAUUAAAAAUGCCGUGUUGUCAACC